CAUUCACUUUCCCAUCCAAGCGUAGAAAAGCAAGCGAGCAGCGCAAAAAAAAGUUCAACAACCUUGAGUCCACCACGAAUCAAAAAUUCACUUGCAUAUUAUACAAGUGACACUCUGGGCGCAUAAAGUGGUACGCAGGUUAUUUUCGUAUUCUAAUCUUACUUUGAACAAAUCCCAACAAGGUCGUACGGAAAACAAGUGAAAAUGCAAGGUGUUUCGUCGUUGGUAAAGAGCACAAUUCCCAAUUACUUGUCGAGUCUUCCGAUCCCAGACUCGAUAGGCGGAUGGUUUAAACUUGGAGUUAAAGACUGGGCGGCGCUGAUUCCACCAACUGCAGCACUUGCAGGCUUCACUUACAUUACCUACAGAGCGUUUUGUCCUCAUGGCAGGCCUGCACCAUGCGGAAAAGUGAAUCCAAACAUCCUGAAGACCAAUCCGAAGGUGGUUGACUCUGUGGAUGUGGAGGAUAUUGCCGAUAAGGCAGCGUUCUGUCGCUGUUGGAGAAGCAAAAAUUGGCCUUAUUGUGAUGGUGCACAUGGUGUUCACAACAAAGAGACUGGUGAUAAUGUAGGCCCGGUUGUUGUCAAGCGAGAAAAGUGAAGAAGAUAAUAUUACUGAUGUGUUUAGCCAAAACUCUUAGAUAAUUUUCCGAAGAAAUAAAUUGUUACAAGUACUUUAGGUGUUUGGUUGCUGCGGGUUUUUGCUCACUUGUUAACAGGCAAUUUUUGAUUGUUUGAUUAUUUUUUGUUACAUUGAUAGCUUCAAGCAAAGUUAUGUGUUCAAAAUAAAGUAAACAUGCAAAACACA